UCCCGCCCUUCAUUCGCCAACAAUCAACUUUCUUUAUUUUCUACAUUUACAAAUUCCAAAUCUCCAUUUCUUCCGAAGAAAAAGAAAUAAGAACCCCAUCAAGGGAGGAAAACAAACAUGAGGAAAUUGGAAGCGUGAUUACCAGCAUUGAAUUCUUGUUUCCUCCCAACAUCACACGAUUUUACCCUGAAAUGAUUCCGCUCGAUAAAUCCAUGUUCUUGUCCUAAAGGGACAUCCUUGAUCAAUCAAACUGUUGUUUUUUGGUUUAUCAAUCUUCACAAUUAUGAGCUCUGAAGAUGACUCCUCCCAACCGACCUCCAAGUCCAAGAAGCCCAAAUAUUCUAGGUUUACUCAGCAAGAACUUCCAUCUUGCAAGCCAAUCUUAACUCCUGGAUUGGUCAUAGGAAUCCUCAUCUGUUUUGCAAUAGUCUUCGUUCCAAUUGGUCUGAUCACCUUCACUGCAACAGAAAAUGUGGUUGAAAUUGUAGAUCGUUACGAUGAAGACUGCAUUCCUUUGAAAUCUCCGGAUAAUCCAGAAAACGAGAGGGUCGGAUACAUCCGUGAUGCUGGAACGAACAAAACCUGCAUCAGGACCUUGAUUAUUCCAAAGAAGAUGAAGCCCCCGAUUUACGUGUAUUAUCAGCUUGACAAUUUCUAUCAGAACCAUAGACGAUAUGUGAAAAGUAGAAGUGAUCAUCAGCUGCGGUACCCCUCCCAUGCGUCUGAGACAAAGACAUGUGAACCGGAAGCAACGACGAAUGACAACCAGCCCAUUGUUCCAUGCGGGCUUAUCGCUUGGAGCUUAUUCAACGACACAUACAGGUUUUCGAGGAACAACACUUCCUUAGAAAUCAACAAAAAGGACAUCGCUUGGCAUAGUGAGAGAACCAGAAAGUUUAGUUCCCAAGUGUACCCGAAAAAUUUCCAGAGUGGCAACCUCAUUGGCGGUGCAAAACUUGAUGAGACCAAACCUUUGAGCGAGCAAGAGGAUUUCAUCGUCUGGAUGCGGACUGCAGCAUUGCCCACUUUCAGAAAAUUAUACGGCAGGAUUGAGACUGAUCUUGAGGCUUAUGAUCAGAUAACGGUAAUAAUACAGAACAACUACAACACCUACUCUUUUAGUGGCAAAAAGAAGCUGGUGAUUUCUACUGCAUCGUGGAUUGGUGGGAAGAACGAUUACCUGGGCAAGAUGUACAUGGCGGUCGGUGGAACCAGCUUGUUGCUUGCUAUAAUUUUCACAUUCCUUUACCUCUUCAAGCCCAGGCCAUUGGGGGAUCCGACAUACCUGUCUUGGAACAGAAAUCGUGCUGCAGUCCGAGAAUCAUAGUCUUUCUUUUUCCUACUUCGAUUAUUCCCAUGAAGAAAUCAUGUGAUUCACUGUUGUAUUUAGAGAUGUCUAGCGCAGUUCUUUUGGCAUUGUUCAUAAUGACAUUGUAAUAAACAUGAAAUUCAUUAGUAGCAGAGAAUUUGUUUGUAAAGUCAUUGAUCGGGAAAGAAAUUCAGUUGUUGAGUUGCA